AUUAUUUUUCGUCAUGGGUGCUAGUGAUGUAAAAAGGUGUGUGUAAAGGAUAUCGUGCUGAGCUCAUCUCACUAUUUGUGAUUCAUCUGUUCUGGCUUCGAUGGCAGAACUAUGUGCGAAGUAACUGAGUGAGUAGUUAAUGUGAUGUUUUGUGAAGGCAAUAACGAGAAUGCCAAUACAGGCACCACAGUGGACUGAAUUUCUUUCUUGUCCAGUUUGCUGUCAUGAUUUUGAUGUGGCCGUACGUGGCCCAAUAUCAUUAGCAUGUGGUCAUACUAUAUGUCGUACGUGCCUUGCAAAUUUACAUCGUAAACAAUGCCCUUUUGAUCAAAGUAUUAUCAACACAGACAUAGAAAGACUACCGAUAAAUGAAGCUUUAUUGCAGUUAGUCGGGAAUUCUGUUCCCACAAAUGUUGCAACAGCUUAUCAGAAAUUAUUACCACCAGAAGACCAUGCUAAUUAUUUGGCUGCUAAACGUUGCAUUGAAGAACUUGCUUUAUAUCUCAAACCAUGUCAGACAAAUCCUACUCUAGCCGCAGGUGGUAUGGGACUGAUUUCACGGCCAAUGCAAAGGAAACUAGUAACUCUUGUGGGUUGUCAGUUGGUUGUACCAGAAGGACGAGCACGUGCGGUGAGAGCUGCUAGGAGUCUCGGGGAACGAUCAGUUACGGAAUUAAUAUUGCAACAUCAAAAUCCUCAACAGCUUAGUGCUAAUUUAUGGGCAGCUGUACGAGCUCGUGGUUGUCAAUUUCUUGGGCCAGCAAUGCAAGAAGAAGUACUGAAGCUGGUUUUAUUGGCUUUGGAAGACGGAUCAGCUCUUUCCAGGAAAGUGUUAGUCAUGUUUGUAGUUCAGCGUUUAGAAUCACAUUUUCCUCAAGCAUCUAAAACGAGUAUAGGACAUGUUGUACAAUUGUUAUAUAGGGCAAGUUGUUUCAAGGUAUCUAAACGAGAAGGAGAUUCAUCAUUGAUGCAAUUAAAAGAAGAAUUCAGAACAUACGAAGCUUUAAGAAGAGAGCACGAUGCUCAGAUAGUGCAGAUUGCAACAGAAGCUGGAUUAAGAAUAGCACCUGAUCAGUGGUCUGCGUUAUUAUAUGGAGACACUAGCCAUAAGUCUCAUAUGCAAAGUAUUAUAGACAAACUUCAAACUCCGCAGUCUUUUGCUCAAAGUGUACAAGAAUUGGUUAUUGCUCUUCAACGUACUCCCGAUCCUGGACAAUUAAGUAGUUUAAGACCCCAGUUAGAACUGUUAGCUGCAAUUGAUCCCAGUCCAGAAACUGAACCUCCUACAUUAGCGGAAUGUCGUGCAGCGCUAGAAGCUGUUAGAACUGUAGUUGCGGCAUUAGUGGAAUUUAUUCAACAACAUGGUAAUCGGAAAACACAAGAUGGUACUCACAAUAUAGGCUCAGGUCAACCAAAAUAUAAAGUGAGCAUGUGUCGAGAUCUUGCACUUAGAGGAUCAUGUCCUAGAUCCACAAGUUGCACCUUUGCUCAUAGUGACAUGGAAUUGGAUAAAUACAGAUCAAAAAAUAGAAAAUUAAGCAUCAGGUCAAAUGUACCUGUAGUUAACAAUUCGGAUAUAAAAGCAGACAAACUAGUUACUGGCUCAAAUAAUAAAACGUUCAAGCAAAGUGAAGAUUUACCUUAUCAUUCCAUAAAAUCACACGAUAAUACUCAUCGAGAAAAUUUUAAUUCUAUUAAUAAAGUUAAUCCAAUGCAACAUCACACUCCACCAAGUGAAAACAACUUUGUUGGCUCAUUGACGAAUUACAUGUUACCGCCACCACAAGGUGUCUCACCAAUGGUACCAAACAAAAAUAUGGAUAUAUAUUGCUCUCAUUAUAUUGUACCCAACGCGCCUGUUGAGUAUACAACGCCUAAUCUCAAUAUGUGGGAUUCGUCGCAAGUCUCAUCUAAUGUGACAAAUGGUGUUUCCAAUACUAAAAAGCAGCGGACAGUUGCCAAAACAUUGGCGAUGUUGUUGCAACGCAGGAUGGAAAUUUUAAAUCAACUUGAAACAAUUGUCAACAAACAAGUGCCACAAAUAAAAACGAAUUAUGAUAUGCAAGGAGAUACUGUAUCAUGCAAUUUCUCCAUAUGGACAAACACGUCGAGUAAUCUCAUGGUUCCUCCAUCAAAUAUAAAUUGUAAUAACAACUUUCGUUGCACAGAUCCGAUCCUAUUCGAUGAUGAAUUCGUGCCAUUUGAUGCAUCAUCUAGUAACAAAUAUGGACCAAUUUCUAAAUUAUCCAAAAACUUAAUGAGAUCUAGCAAUGGCGUACAACCUACCAAUUUUUAUACAGAAGGAAGUGCACCUCCUCCGUAUCGACCCAUACCAACGGCGAAUUCUGUUACAUCUUGGUAUUACGGUAAUCAACCUUAUACUACUAUCGGUGCGAAUGGUGAAGUACAGUCUAUCAAUACUUCUGGGUUUGGGGACAACUAUAUCACGUUUGGUCGAAAUAUAUCCGAGUCGACUGCACACACGCAACUUUCACGACCAGAAUGCAUGCCUAAAGACUUAAUUCUUGAGUCGCAAAGAGUAAAACAACAGUUGAAGCAUCUCGAAAAAAAGAUCAACGAUUUGAAGCUUGCUACGCAAGGAGCUACUUUCACAGCUGGAGAAAGGCUAGCACAAGAGUUGCAAAUGAUUGAAGCUGGUAUUAGAGAAAAAGAAAAGGACGUGCGAAAUUGGAGCCCGUAUGGUACUGUACCUUGGAUUCAGUCGUCGAAUAAUCUGCUUGGUACCCAAAAUUUCAAUCAAGAUUAUAAACCGGAAGAGGAAGAUACAUAUGAGGCCGGCAUUGCGAAUGAUAUGCGGGAAUUAGAAUUGCGAUGGGAGUUUGAACUUCAAGAACAAGAAAAACACUGGUCGAGCGAAGAGGACAAUUCUAAAAAAUAAUAGUAAGAUAGUAAGUCUUACUAAAUCGUCUACUUCUUUUAGAUCUGACCUUAUUCGUUUCACGGCGACAUGUUCUUUUGACAUGCGCAAGAUAAUUUUUUGUGCGAACUUCCAUGCAUCAGCAUGAUACAACAUACUUUUCCAAUGGAACGACUGAAAGUGAAGACAAAAAAAAAUAGAAUUUGUACUAUUUCCAAAGAAAGAAUUUAAUGCUCUUCUAAAAACAAUCAACGCAAGAACUCACUAUCGGACUAUGACAAUUUAAACAUUAUCAUUAAAUACGCAGAAAAUGGAAUUAUCAUCCCUUCUUCGAGUUUAUAAAAAAUUUCUCCUGUUGGUAUAGUGUAACAUAAAAGUGGAUUCACUACUUUCCCAUGUACUAUGCCUUUACAAGUUUCUUGGUACAUAAUAUUCGUUCUUUAACUGUGAACAUAUGUACUAUCCUCUAAAAUGAUAAAUGAAAGAUACCUAGUUGUAAAUAUGUGAUAUUUUCAAAGAAUUUGUUGAAUACGGUUUGUCGGGUACUUCACGAUGGUAAUUCAUAAUUUAGUUAUGCAGGAAGUCGCAUCAUUUUUUAUGUUUGUUAGCCGCAGUAGCAAUUUAUUCUAGAAAUCAAUGUAUUGUAAGAAGUGAGAGUUAGCCGCCGCAUUGGGAUUUACAUUAAUAAAACCAGUGAAGGUUUGAUAGGUGAUCCGUUAUGAUGUUGUAUAAUGACGACGUUCAUUGACAAACAGAUCGAACAGACGACGUGAUGCAGAUUUGUUAAAAUUUAACAGAAAUUAAUGUCAGUGUUUUAUAAACAUGACAGGAUGUAGUAUAUUUUGUUUGUAUGUUUGCACAAUGAAGCAAAGGAUAUUAUAUUACUGAUACAUUCGGAAAGAAUGCUAUUUAACCUGCAACGAGGUUACAUGAUGAAAAUAUUACAAAAUACAUGUAGACGUUAUGCGUAAACACAAAAUUAACAUAUUCUGUUAAAAUUUUGAAUAAUUAAGAUAUAUAUUCGCUGUAAUUAAGAGAGAGAAAGAUAUAUAUAAAUAUAUAUACAUGUAUAUGUUAUAUGUACAUAUACAUAUAUGUAUAUGAUUAUUGAUUUUUAGCUUAUAAAAGAAAAUUUUUUAAUGUUACGUAGCUUUCUUAAUAGUAUUACGUUCCACGGUUCAUGUUUUCAUAUCUGAAAAUAUGUUCUUGAAUAAAAUACAGUAACUACAGUGUAUCGUAAUAAUAUUUUGUUCAAAUUCUUAAAUGAAAUACUAUUUUUUGGCUUUGAACAUGUGCUGUUAUACAAAUUCAUUUGUAUUUGACAUUUUUAUUCGAAUUCUUCUCUCUUUGGAAAUUAAUACACAUUAAUAAGAUCGUAAAAACAAGUUAAAAAAAGAAUUAUCUUAUGCUGUGAUUUCAUUUUGUAAAAUCGAAAAACAUAUUACUUAAUUAGAUAAAUAAUCAAUAUUUUGUAUUCAAGUACAAAAUAUUACAGUUUCAAAUACCUAAAACUUCGAGGAAAAUUUGAUAGCGUGUAUAAAAGAAAAAAAAGAAUCUUCCUUCUUUUAAUAAUUUCUAGUGGAAAAUUAUUUCUAGAUUCCAUUUGUGCCUGAUAAAAAUACGUAUUUUACUUAAUACUUCCAUGAAAAAUUGAAUAAUUUGGGGCAGUGGUUUUCAUGUUACAAUUUUUAUGUCGAUAAUGUGUAAUAUUGCUUACUUUUUCAUUUAUCGAAAAACGUGCGUAGGCAAACGAAUUUUGUUUAAAUUCAACAAUUGUUUUAUUUUUCAUUUGUACAAAUUUGUAACAUUUACGAAUUGAGAUAACUAAUUUGAAAGUCACUAACUCAAAACUAUUUUUUACUUUAAAACGUGAAUAAAUUGAAACGAGCAGACUGUUACACGAGCUGCAGCUCUCACGUUUGUAAAUAUGUUCGAUUUACGGACCUACGAGAAACUGAAACAGUCACAUUGGCUUCCUCUUAAUUAUCACCUUAAUUUCUUAAUGAUAAACGCAGUUUGAUGUUAAUGUUAUUGGAAUACUUUAGGGGUGUAUGAAUCGUUGAAUGUAUUGGGUACUCGAGAGUUCGAUUCGACUACCCUUUCAAAUAUCCGAAACAUUCGAACAUCCGAGCGACUUGAUCAUCACGGGUCGUCCAACGCACUCAUAUUAAAUCAGCAAAUGACUUUGCUUGAUAUGUUCGUGAUAUUAUAUGACAAUAUACUAUAACAAAAUAACAUUAGAAAAUAUUUAUUAAUUGAAAAUUAUCUUCUCGUUUUCAUGUAACUUUUCUUAGAAGUAAAGUUUAUAAGAAUUUGAAGAUGCACCGUACAUAUUAAUAUGUUACUUAAUCUCUUUUCUACCACAAAAUCGAUUAUUCGUAAUGGAAGUAUUCAUUACUUUCUGGAUAUUUGAUAGUUAUAAAAACGAGAACAAAGUUAUUUAAUUUUAAUCUAUUCCAAUAUACGAGAUAGCAUUCCUUUUAACGGUGGAUUCCGAUCUAGAGCUUUUAAGAAAAAAUUGAUUUUUCUUUUCUUAUUUCAUUCAUGUUUGUAUGCAUAUUUAAAAGAAAAUUUCAAUGUUUUGAAAAUUAACAAAGGAAUCUAGUAACUACUUUUUCUAAAAAACGAUGCAUCUUCAGAUUUGUAUAAAAUCAAAACUUCGAAUAAAAAUGACAUCAAAACGAGAAGAUAAAUUUCAAUUAAUAAAUUAUUUUCAAAAAUAUUAUUUUGUUAAAGUAUAUUGUUAUGUAGAAAUUAUACGUUAACAGUAAUGUAACGUGAAUUAUAUUGUACGAUAAAUUUUUAAUUUAAAAUAGAUCUAUUUAUAAACAAAAUCACAAACAUAUCGAACAAAUUCAUUUGCCAAUGUAACACGAGUGUAUCUGACGACCUAUGAUGAUCGAACUGUAUUCGACGCGACCGAGUAGUUUUACACCUCUAGAAUACUUAUAUCUUGUUCUUAUUUUUGUUCUUACCUGUAUUAUAAAAGAAAAGAUGAAUCGAACGUUCCUCAAGACAAAAAUAUGAUAACACAUGUACUUGAUUCUACUGAUAAGAAGUUUACAUUUUUAAUUACUUCUUUUUCUUUUGUCUUGCAUUUCAUAUAUAAUGUAUAUAAUAUAUAUUAUAUAUCCGUUAAGUAAAAGGAAAAAAAAGGAUGUCCUCCCGCCCGUUAUUGGAUGUUAUUUUGAACCUCGAUUUAAUUCGAAUUGUAUUUCACGAAAUGUGAUAACGAAAAACUUCGUCAAAUCAAAUACGUUAAUCAAGUUACGACCUGUUUAUACUGUAGUGAUUUACGAAUUGCAAUAGCUUUUGGGUUCUAUUUUUAUGAAAUAAUAUAUAGCAUAAAUAUUAAUGAUUCCAGUUUUAGUGGAAAUGACAUUAUAGACUUUUAUGAGACCUUAGAGAAAGUUGAUCUUUCUAUCUUUCUCAUUAAAAAUAUUGUUUUACCUUUGCUAUUACAAAAACUAGAUAUGUUCAAGUAGAAGAUUUCUUUCAACCUGAAAUGUGCCUUUCGAACCAUGCAGUAACACAAAGCAAAGUGAAACGUUUUACAGUUGCACGCAUUAGCUUCUCUUCUCUUCUCUUUCUAGAGUUCUGCAAUACGAGGCACAUUAUUCUAAACUGGAAAGAAAUGAUAAUCCCAGAGCAUAACUAGUUACUUUAUGAAAAUUAUGAAAAAAAUGGUGCAAUUUUAUUUGUUUUUAUUAUUUACCGAUACAAAUUUUUUUCAUUUGUAAUGGAAUACCAUGAUGUGAGAAACAAACAAUAUGUACCCAAAUAUAAGAAUAAUUAGUUUAGUAUGCUCCAGCGCGUAAAUCAUGUUUUUUAAUUUACAGUCACAGUACUGUCGGUCGCAUGGAGUAACAGAAAAUUUCGAUACGCGAAGAAAUCUGUAAAUUUUAAUGCUUACAUGAAAAACCAUAAUUGUUUCCAUUACAGACUCAAAAGUAUAAAUGAAACAUGCAAACACUAAACUAUUUGUUCGACGAUUGGCGGUAACAUUGGUGUUAAUUAUGUCUAGAUUUGAAGCUAUAUUUAUGUAUUUGAGAAGUAUGUUAUAAACUUUAUUUAUUUUGUUAUUGAUUUCACAGAUAAAACUUAUAAAGACUAAAAUUUAUGUAGUACAAAUUUUCUAUUACAAUUAUGAGAAUUUAAUUUGCAAUCACUAUAUAUUUAUCGUAAGAUUACAUUUUAAACAUCACGAAACAUAAUUGGCCAUAGUACUGAAGGAAAUGUGUGACAAUAUAUUGCAGAAAGGGGCCACCUUUUGAUUUUCCAUCUCGAAACACAAUGGUAACAACAUGUAGAGAGACAACAAUGGUACUUUUUACAUUGAAAUAACAUUUACAUUUUGAGCUACAAUUUAGAGUACUUCUUUGUGGUAGAUUUACUUUAUGAUUGCAAAUCAAACUCUGAUGAUUUUACAUGUUUGGUGACAAAUUACAAUUUGUAUGUGUCGUAAUGUAUACAAAAAUUGUUGGACACAUAGAUUACAUUGCGCAUAUAUAUAUAUAUAUACAUUUACAUAUAUAUGUUUUAUUCUAAUUACGUUAAAGGGCAUUUUUAGUCUGAGCACAAGAUUGAAUAUAGAAGAUCAAAUGUUCCUUUCUGUAAAUGAAUACCGUCUUCACAAUUUGUUCAGAUACAAAAUAUGUAUUUAUGAAAUUGCUAAUUCUGCGAGCUACUGUUUCGAAACUGCUCCUUUAUAUGCUAAGUGUAAUUCCUUUAUACGUACGACUGAGAAAAAAAAGCCUUGUACACUUUAAAUGUUUCCGUCGUUUAAAGGAAUUAUGAAAUCCAGUAAUCUUUCUAGUGAUCCAUUUGUCAGAUGUUGCCCUUCAAUAUGUUUCUCUAUCGUUUUAUUUUCUCUCUCUUUCCUUUUUUUUUGUUUUUAUCCAUAGUAUGAUUCGUUAAUAAAUGUAGAGUAAAAGUGAAGAGGGCUGUGUACACUGGGAAGUAAUAAGCGCAACAAUACUGUUUGUGCAAGCUUCAGAUUAAUUGCAUGUUAAACAUGUCACUAUGUGUAUAAUAAUACACGCGUACCUAUGUUAAUGGUAUGAAGCCACAUACAAUCUAUAUUAACGUUCUUUGUUUGAACAUAUGAAAACAAUAAUUAUUAUAUACAUAUCGGUAUAUAAUGCAUAUAGUCAGCGCGCACUUGGCACUUAACAGUACGAAUGGUACUUUUGUAACGUUUAUGUUAAAUUAAUUCCCGAUUGUAAGACUUUUGUUAUGUUAACCAUAAACAUAAUGGGCAAUGCAUUUAAAUACAUAUAGAAUCGUUUGCCAAUGCUGCAAUAUCAUCGUCGGGUUCACAUAGAAAACAAAUGAAUCUAUACACUGAACUUUCGUUCCAUGAAAUUUAGAUAGAUACAUGUUAAUAAUAUAAAAGGUGAAUGUCACGUGUUCGCAAUGCCCGUUACGUUUAAUGUAAUUGUUAGUCUGGCAUUUUUAAUGUAUUUUUCUAAAAUAAAUAACUAUGGAAAAACCUUAUUAUAAUAACAUAAAAGGAUGGUACGUUCAUAGUAAAAUUUUUAUAUUAUCCCGAUCUACUAUUUACUGCUGGAUUUCAAAUGAUGGCAUUCGACUACAAUUGUAGACUUUAAUUUUGCGAGUAUGUUUGCUGUUCUUUUAUUUAUCAGUGGCAUAUACCAGUACCGGACAAAACGGAAUCUGAGAAUACGAAUGCUUCGACAAUAGAAAAGAACACUUGAUUGGAGGUAAUGUUGCAUAAAUGUCGAAAUAAAACUCUCCGAAUGUUUUAUAUCGUCUAUAAAAAAAAUCCACGAAAGUUUAAUGUAUUUUCUAACAAUUGUACUGUAAGUGAAAGUGUAAUAUAUUUAUCUAUUCAACAUAAAUAGGAGUACUUCUUUAUGAAUCAUCCGUUCUAAUACUGACUUCAAUUUAUUUGUUUUCAUUUGAAAUAGUAUAUACAUACAUUUUUAAACUAGUAAAUAAAAUAUUUCGAUUGUCUUUAAAUUAUACCCUUUUCUCACCAAAACGAGUCUUUAAUCAAAACAAUGUUUAUGUAAAAUCUUAAAUAACAAUUUCAAACAUUAAUAUCGUGCUUAUAUUAUAUCUUACGUUUAUAAAAAACAAAGAUAUGUAUAGAAAUAAGAAGAAAGGAUAGGAAUUUUUAUUUUGUAUUAGCAGUUGCACAAGAAAUGCAUGGAAGCAUCGCUAUAUGAAUAAAGUAAAAUUAUGUUGAGCACUCAUCCGUUUGAAAAACUUUUUU